GAGCCGUGUCACGUGGCUGUGGUCUCCUCACCCAUUGGAGCCGCUCAGUCAGUUUUGUAUCUUUACGAUGUACAUUCGCCCGCAGAGGUUGUUUGUUUCCUUGUAACUCGGAGAUAAACGGACGCGGGUAGAGAACGAGAAGAAGUUUAACGAGUAAAGGACAGAAGAAGAAGGCCAGGAGAGGAAGGAGGACCGGAGGAAGGAGACAGCACAGAUUUGGAGUCGUGGGGGCGGCUGAAUUAAAAAAAAAGUAAAGGAGGUCACAGAAUUUCAGAAUGCAUGCGGCGGCGCUGCUGUUGGUGUCGGCGCUCUGCUCGGCCACCUGGGCCCUCGACAAUGGAGAGAUGAGGGUCCCCCCCAUGGGCUGGUUGGCAUGGGAACGAUUCCGCUGUGACCUCGACUGCCAACACGACCCCAAGAACUGCAUCAGUGAGAAUCUGUUCAUCGACAUGGCCGACAGACUGUUCGAGGACGGCUGGAGGGAACUCGGCUACGUCUACGUGAACAUAGACGACUGCUGGUCCUCGAUGAAGAGGGACGAGAAGGGGCGCCUGCAGGCCGACCCUCAGCGGUUCCCACGGGGCAUCCGCUUCCUGUCCCGCUACAUGCACGCCCGGGGCCUCAAGCUGGGCCUCUACGGGGACAUGGGCACACACACCUGCGGGGGCUACCCCGGCACCACGCUGGACGACAUCGCGCUGGACGCUCAGACCUUCGCCGACUGGGAGGUGGACAUGUUUAAAUUUGACGGCUGUUACUCUAACGCCACGGUGCAAGAGCAGGGUUACCCGCUAAUGUCGAAGGCUUUGAAUGCUACGGGCCGUCCUAUUGCCUACUCCUGCAGUUGGCCUGCCUACCAGGGUGGGCUGCCCCCUAAGGUGAACUACACUCAGUUGGGUCAGCUCUGCAACCUGUGGCGUAACUAUGGCGACAUCCAGGACUCCUGGGACAGUGUCCUGAACAUUGUUGAGUGGUUCUCCGAGAACCAGGACGUCCUGGCUCCUGCAGCUGGACCCGGGAAGUGGAACGACCCAGAUAUGCUGAUUAUUGGCGACUUUGGCCUCAGCAUGGACCAGUCCCGGGCUCAGAUGGCGCUGUGGGCCAUCAUGGCUGCUCCUCUUUUCAUGUCCAACGACCUGCGCACCAUCAGCAGCGGCGCCCGCAGCAUCCUUCAGAACAAAAUGGCCGUCAUCAUCAACCAGGACCCCCUGGGCAUCCAGGGCAGGCGUAUUGUAAAGGAGAAGAUUGGCAUCGACGUGUUCUGGCGCCCUCUGUCCAAAAACGCCAGCGCCCUGGUGUUCUUCAGUCGUCGUAACGACAUGCCCUACCGCUACCAGACCAGCCUCGGCAAACUCAACUACACCACUGGCAGCUACGAGAUCCACGACGUCUUCGCCCAGAAGACCACGACGCUGAAAGACUCCACCCCCUUCGUGGUGUCCGUGAACCCCACCGGCGUGGUCAUGUGGCACGUGUCCGCGCCCGCCAAAUGGAACCGCCGCCCGUUCCGCCGAGGCGGCGGGCGCCGGGGAAACGCCAUUCCUCCGGUCUUCCUCUGAUCAUUAUGAUGAUAAUGAAUGACGAUCAUGAAUAGGGCUGGAUUGUUUUAUUUUAAAAAGGCUCCAUCCAUCCCAUGUAACGGAGUCGGUGAAAGCUCGGGGACGGUAGUGUGUCACACUUUCUCCAGUUUAAUAAAGGUGAUUAUUUUUUAGCCUGUCAAGAUCUGGAUGUUGUUUUGCUCAGGACCGUGUGCAUGAGAAAUGCAAUUUUUUUUAUGAUUGAACAAUGAUUCUGUGAAUGACGCAUUUGUGUAAAUAAAUGAUUGGGUUCCUCAUUUGGAAAAUGUUUGUUUUCCAGCAU